AGGGGGGAACACGUGGGCGCCGACUGCCCGGCCGGCGGCCUCAGGGAGCCGGGGUCGCCCAGAGCCGCCCACCGCCUCCGCCCGCCUGCUCCUUCGCCCCGGCCUCCCGCUAGGGAGGGGGACUCCCGGCCCUGUGCGACCACCUCCCUCCAGUUUUUCCAUCUCGUCCGGGAUCCGCAGAACCAUGUCCAUCCUCUACGUCUCCCCUCACCCGGAUGCCUUCCCCAGCCUCAGGGCGCUCAUAGCCGCUCGCUACGGGGAGGCCGGGGAAGGCCCGGGCUGGGGAGGACCCCACCCCCGAAUCUGUCUCCAGCCUCCUCCAGCCAGUAGGACUCCCUUGCCCCCGCCCCGGCUGCCGGCCCUGGAGCAGGGGCCCGGUGGGCUCUGGGUGUGGGGCGCCACAGCUGUGUCUCAGCUGCUGUGGCCCGCGGGCCUCGGCGGCUCAGCAGGCAGCCGGGCAGCUGUCCUGGUCCAGCAGUGGGUCAGCUACGCGGACACGGAGCUAAUACCGGCCGCCUGCGGGGCCUCGCUGCCGGCCCUGGGACUCCGGAGCCCUGCUCAGGACCCCCAGGCUGCCCUGGGAGCCCUGGGCAAGGCCUUGAGCCCCUUGGAGGAGUGGCUUCGUCUACACACCUACCUGGCAGGAGAGGCCCCCACUCUGGCUGACCUGGCGGCUGUCACCGCUUUGCUGCUUCCUUUCCGCUAUGUCCUUGAUCCCUCUGCCCGCCGGAUCUGGGGUAACGUGACUCGCUGGUUUGUCACAUGCGUGCGGCAGCCAGAAUUCCGGGCCGUAUUGGGAGAAGUGGUUCUGUACUCGGGGACCAGGCCUGUGUCUCAGCAGCCAGAACCCGAGGUUGCUGCCCCCCCAAAGACAGCUGCUCAGCUCAAAAAAGAAGCAAAAAAGCGGGAAAAGCUGGAAAAAUUCCAGCAGAAGCAGAAAAUGCAGCAGCAGCAGCAGCCACCGCCAGGGGAGAAGAAGCCAAAGCCUGAGAAGAAGGAGAAACGGGAUCUUGGAGUCAUUACCUAUGACCUCCCAACUCCGCCGGGGGAAAAGAAAGACACCAGUGGCCCCAUGCCUGACUCAUACAGCCCGCAGUAUGUGGAGGCCGCCUGGUACCCGUGGUGGGAACAGCAGGGCUUCUUUAAGCCAGAGUACGGGCGUCCCAGCCUGUCAGCGCCCAAUCCCCGAGGUGUCUUCAUGAUGUGCAUCCCGCCCCCCAACGUGACAGGCUCCCUGCACCUGGGCCACGCGCUCACCAACGCCAUCCAGGACUCCCUGACUCGAUGGCACCGAAUGCGUGGAGAGACCACCCUGUGGAACCCUGGCUGUGACCACGCAGGCAUCGCCACGCAGGUGGUGGUGGAGAAGAAACUGUGGCGUGAGCGGGGCCUGAGCCGGCAUCAGCUAGGCCGGGAGGCCUUCCUGCAGGAGGUCUGGAAGUGGAAGGAGGAGAAGGGUGACCGGAUUUACCACCAGCUAAAGAAGCUUGGCAGCUCCUUGGAUUGGGACCGAGCCUGCUUCACCAUGGACCCUAAACUCUCGACAGCUGUGACUGAGGCUUUUGUUCGGCUUCAUGAAGAAGGUGUCAUCUACCGCAGCACCCGCCUCGUCAACUGGUCCUGCACCCUCAACUCAGCCAUCUCUGACAUUGAGGUAGAUAAGAAGGAGCUGACAGGUCGCACCCUGCUGUCUGUACCAGGCUACAAGGAGAAGGUGGAGUUUGGGGUCCUUGUGUCCUUUGCCUAUAAGGUCCAAGGCUCAGACAGUGAUGAAGAGGUGGUGGUGGCAACAACUCGGAUUGAGACAAUGCUAGGAGACGUGGCUGUAGCUGUGCACCCCAAAGACGCCAGAUACCAGCAUCUGAAGGGGAAGAAUGUGGUUCACCCGUUCCUGUCUCGAAGCCUGCCCAUCGUCUUCGAUGAUUUUGUGGACAUGGAGUUUGGCACAGGUGCGGUCAAGAUCACUCCUGCACAUGACCAGAAUGACUAUGAGGUCGGGCAGCGGCAUGGGCUGGAGGCCAUCACCAUCAUGGACUCGCGCGGUGCCCUGGUCAACGUGCCCCCUCCUUUCCUGGGCCUGCCCAGGUUUGAGGCCAGGAAGGCUGUGCUGGCGGCACUAAAGGAGCAGGGCCUGUUCCGUGGCGUUAAAGACAACCCCAUGGUGGUGCCACUUUGCAACCGUUCCAAAGAUGUGGUGGAGCCUUUACUGCGGCCCCAGUGGUACGUGCGCUGCGGAGAGAUGGCCCAGGCUGCCAGUGCUGCCGUGACCCGAGGUGACCUCCGCAUCCUGCCUGAGGCCCAUCAGCGGACAUGGCAUGCUUGGAUGGACAACAUCCGGGACUGGUGCAUUUCUCGGCAGCUGUGGUGGGGCCAUCGCAUCCCAGCGUACUUUGUCACCGUUGAUGACCCUGCCAUACCCCCAGGGGAGGACCCUGAUGGGCAGUACUGGGUGAGUGGACGCAGUGAGGCUGAGGCCCGUGAGAAGGCAGCACGGGAGUUUGGAGUGAGCCCUGACAAAAUCAGUCUCCAGCAAGAUGAGGAUGUGCUGGACACCUGGUUCUCCUCUGGCCUCUUCCCAUUCUCCAUCUUGGGCUGGCCCAACCAGUCAGAUGACCUGAGUGUAUUCUACCCGGGGACACUGCUGGAGACGGGCCAUGACAUCCUUUUCUUCUGGGUGGCUCGGAUGGUCAUGCUUGGCCUGAAGCUCACAGGCAGGCUGCCUUUCAGAGAGGUCUACCUCCAUGCCAUCGUGCGAGAUGCUCAUGGCCGGAAGAUGAGCAAAUCUCUGGGCAACGUCAUUGACCCCCUGGACGUCAUCCACGGAGUCACACUGCAGGGUCUCCAUGACCAGUUACUGAACAGCAACCUGGAUCCCAGUGAGGUGGAGAAGGCUAAAGAAGGGCAGAAGGCAGACUUUCCCACGGGGAUCCCUGAGUGUGGCACCGAUGCACUCCGGUUUGGACUUUGCGCCUACACGUCCCAAGGCCGUGACAUCAACCUGGAUGUGAACCGGAUCUUGGGUUAUCGCCAUUUCUGCAACAAGCUCUGGAAUGCCACCAAGUUUGCCCUCCGUGGUCUUGGGAAGGAUUUCGUGCCCUCACCCACCUCCCAGCCCGGGGGCCAGGAGAGCCUGGUGGACCGCUGGAUCCUCAGCCGGCUGGCCGAGGCCGUGAAGCUCAGCAACCACGGCUUCCAGACCUACGACUUCCCCACUGCCACCACCGCCCAGUACAGCUUCUGGCUCUAUGAGCUCUGUGACGUCUACCUGGAGUGCCUGAAACCCGUGCUGACCGGAGCAGACCAGGCGGCGGCCCAGUGUGCCCGCCAGACCCUCUACACUUGCCUGGACAUUGGCCUGCGGCUACUCUCUCCCUUCAUGCCCUUUGUGACCGAGGAGCUGUUCCAGCGGCUGCCCCGCCGGACGCCACAAGCUCCCCCCAGCCUCUGCGUCACCCCGUAUCCAGAACUCUCAGAGUGUUCCUGGAGGGAUCCUGAGGCAGAAGCUGCCCUCGAGCUGGCACUGAGCAUCACAAGGGCUGUGCGAUCCCUGCGCGCUGACUACAACCUUACCCGGACCAGGCCAGACUGUUUCCUGGAAGUGGCUGAUGAGGCCACAGGUGCCCUGGCAUCAACAGUGGCAGGCUAUGUGCAGGCACUGGCUAGCGCAGGCACAGUGGCUGUACUGGCUCCGGGCACCGCCGCACCACAGGGCUGUGCUGUGGCUGUGGCUUCUGACCGCUGCUCCAUCCACCUACAGCUGCAAGGGCUGGUGGACCCAGCCCGGGAGCUGAGUAAGCUGCAGGCCAAGCGGAGCGAGGCCCAGCGGCAGGCCCAGCGGCUGCAGGAGCGCCGUGCCACCUCAGGCUAUUCGGCCAAGGUGCCCCUUGAGGUCCAGGAGGCGGAUGAAGCCAAGCUGCAGCAGACAGAAGCAGAACUCAGGAAGGUGGAGGAGGCCAUCGCUCUGUUCCAGAAGAUGCUGUGACCCGCCCAGCUUCAGCCUACAACCCCCAGUGGUGUGCCAUGGUGAUGGCAGCAAUAAAAUAUUUUACCACAAA